GGAUCUGUCAGUCCCAGCCUCCCCUUCUCCCGGGUGCAUGCACGGGCCGAUAUAAAGUAACCCUUUGCAUGGCGAUCGCCUCGCGCGAAGCGCAACGCUGGGCGAUGGAGGGCUUCCAAGCUGCUGCUGCUGCUGCUGCGCCUUGUUCGGUGGCGAGUCUCCCUCUCGGUCGGUCUCCCCCUCGUUCUUCCCCGUCCUCUCCUCCUCUCCAGCCCUGCUUCCCCACUCCAUUCCUCGCACAUCAGCCACAACCACUGGGAGCGCGCGGCCCCUUUAAGAGCCCAGCUUUGCCUCCCGGUAGCUGAAGGUCAUUAAACACAAAAGCUCUCCAGCGCUGCGGUCCAAUAUAGCGCAUGCGCCCUGCCCGAGGACUGGCAGGGAGACGGCAAUAUGGCGAGAAUGCCUGGCAGCGGCGGCGCCGGCGGAGACUGGAGCACCGGGGGCGGCGGCGGCGCAGGAGGAGGGGGCGGCGGUGCAGGUGGCGGCGGCGGCGAGAACAAUGCGGGGGACCGGCAGCCCGGCCGGGGCGGCCCCCACCGGCCCCUCCACUAUUGCAGCGCUGGGGAGGACGAGGACGGGGAGGACGAGGAUGAGAUCCAGGAGGUGCAGAUAACGGGGGACGAGGAGGGAGCCGAGGAAGGGAUCCUGCUGCUGGACGACGACGAGGAAGAGGAGGAGGAGGAGGAGAUGAUGAUGAUGGGGCUGGAGUGGGCCGCCUCGGAGGAGCCGGGCCAUAUGAUCCGUAUGGACCAGGGCACCGGAGUGCUGCUGGACUCGGCGGCGGCGGCGGCCGUCUGCGGGGUCCGGGGCCGCCUGGGAGGCGCGCCCGCCGCGGGCCCCGCCGACGACUCGGACCCGGAGGCGGAGCUGCUGCUGCAGCGCCCCGAGCGGGCCCGCCUGAGCGAGAACACGCGGCUGGCCACCCGCUACGCGGUGCGCAUCUUCCGCGAGUACCUGAGCGAGAAGGCGCAGAGCCCGGACUUCGAGACCAUGGACAAGGGGGCGCUGUGCCGGGUGCUGCGCUCCUUCUACGCCGAGGCGCGCUCCAAGAGCGGGCAGCUGUACUCCAAGUCGUCGCUCAUCAGCAUCCGCAGCUCGCUCAACCGCUACCUCAACGAGCCGCCUUACUGCCGCACCCUGGACCUGACCAAGGACCCCGAGCUGCGCGCCGCCAACCUGACGCUGGCCGCCGUCAUCCGCAAGCUGGAGGAGCAGGGCGCCGGGCCGGUGGUGCAGAAGCAGGCCAUCACGCGCGCCGACCUGCGCAAGCUCUACACCUGCAGCGUCUUCAGCACGCAGAGCCCCUUCGGGCUCCUCAACAAGGUCUGGUUCGAGACCUGCAUGUACUUCUGCACGCGCGGGCGCGAGAACCAGCGCGAGCUGGAGGAGGACUCCUUCGGGCUGGCCAUGGACGAGGACGGCCGCAAGUUCGUCUACUUCAAGGCCCUGGGGCCUUACCACAAGUCGCGCUCGUCGUCGUGGAGCAAAAAGCGCGCCGAGAGCAGCGACGAGGAGAACCUGCCGCGCAUGUACGAGACGGGCACGGAGUUCUGCCCCUACGCCAGCUUCGUCAAGUACUUGGCCAAGCGCAACCCGCUCUGCAAGGCCUUCUUCCAGCGCCCGCGGGACCACUGCAGCGAGGGCGACGUCACCUGGUACGAGAACAAGGCCAUCGGCAAGAACCUGCUGGGCACCCGCAUGCAGAUGCUCUCCAAGGCCGCCAAGCUCUCCAAGACCUACACCAACCACUGCAUCGGCGCCGUCUCCAUCGCCACCCUCAACAGCAUCGCCGGCAUCGGCACCAAGCUGCCCUCGGGCGCCGCCGGAGGGGGCUGCUACGCCCACCUCAACGGCAGGGCCCGCGCCGCCCCGCCGCCGCCGCCCCCCGCCAACAACGGCGCCUACGUCCUCCCCAAAGACGGCGACGACCUCGCCGGCGUCAAGGCCGAAGCGGCGGCCGUCGUCGUUCCCGCCAAGCGCUCCCUCUAUGAGGCGAUGUACGCGGCGGGGGGCGGGGCCGCGGCGGGGGGCGACGCCUGCGGCCCCUCCUCGUCCCCCAAAAGACUCUGCCUGAGGCCGGCCGAGCCCCUGGACGCGGCGGCGGCGGCGGCGUCUGUGGUGGUGGUCUCAGUGAAACACGACCCCUUGCCACUCCUCAUCCCCGAGGCCAAUGGGCACAGAAGCACCAACUCUCCCACUGUCAUGUCACCUGCUAUGGUUUCCCCCACACAGGACAGUCGGCCCAAUAUGUCAAGACCUCUGAUCACUAGGUCCCCUGCAUCUCCUUUGAACAAUCAAGGCAUCCCCACGCCAGCCCAGCUCACAAAAUCCAAUGCACCGGUACAUAUUGAUGUGGGUGGGCACAUGUAUACCAGCAGCUUGGCCACACUUACUAAAUAUCCUGAUUCAAGAAUUGGGAGGCUUUUUGAUGGCACAGAGCCAAUUGUUUUGGACAGCCUGAAGCAGCACUACUUCAUUGACAGAGAUGGCCAAAUGUUCAGAUAUAUCCUGAAUUUUCUACGAACAUCAAAGCUCCUCAUACCAGAUGAUUUCAAGGAUUACAGCUUGUUGUAUGAAGAAGCAAAGUAUUUUCAGCUUCAGCCCAUGCUAGGGGAGAUGGAAAGGUGGAAACAGGAUCGGGAGACAUGCCGGUUUUCAAAAUCCUGCGAGUGUUUGGUUGUGCGAGUUGCUCCGGAUCUUGGAGAGAGGAUUACCUUGAGCGGCGACAAGUCUUUGAUAGAAGAGGUUUUCCCAGAAAUUGGUGAUGUGAUGUGCAAUUCAGUCAAUGCAGGUUGGAAUCACGACUCAACACAUGUCAUCAGAUUUCCUUUAAAUGGCUAUUGUCAUCUCAAUUCAGUUCAGGUACUUGAGAGGUUGCAACAAAGAGGCUUUGAAAUUGUUGGCUCCUGUGGAGGAGGGGUGGACUCUUCCCAGUUCAGUGAAUAUGUACUUAGGCGAGAACUCAGAAGGACAUCUCGUUCAUCCUCUGUCAUUCGAAUAAAGCAAGAGCCUCUGGACUAAGGACAUUUUUUUUCUUAUGCGACAACAAAAAAGGGGACCUUUUUCCAUGGGCAGUCGGAACACCAAAAGAGCUCUGGAAUGAAACAUUGAAUAAAGACACAUUUAUAUCAAAUAUAGAGACCAUACCUGUAUUGAUACAGGAGCAUUUGGAUUAGUAAUAAUAACCUCAAGGUGUAAAAUAUGUAUAUGUAAAAAGUUAGAAAUGCAAAAAGAAAGAAAAACCCCUUAAAAUAGUAGGUGAGAUUGGUGCUGUGAGGGCCAUUAAGUGUCCUAGGCCAUAGCCAGGCCUGAUUUACAAUAAAGAAGCCAUUGCCAGAAGGGGAGGCUCACAGCUCCCUUCCAUUUUCCAUUGCCAAAUGGUGAUCUGUUUUUCAGCAUGUACAUCCUGAAUCAAGUUUGCAGGUGUUUGUGUUAGAGAUGACUGGGCACAACUCUAGAAAGCAUCCAUCCAUUACACAACAGAGGUCAUGAACAGAAAGUCACACACUUCUGUCCGUCUGACAGAUGUGAACCAUCUUAUUUUUUUAUCAGAUGGAGUCAGAAUUUAUUCCUACAUGGCAGAGUUGCUCUGGUUUGACUCCAGUGCAUUCAUUAUUAUUAUUUUUUAGUCAAAUGAAGUACACUAAAUUCUGCUAAUAUUCUGAUUUAAGUCAACAAUAGUAAAGAAAAAAUGAAAAAUGUUUAAAAAUCAAGAUGAGCAUUUGCUUUUAACUUGCUCUAUUAUGCAUCUGAUACAUUCAUUGGACAGUUACAGAUAGGUAGCCGUGUUGGUCUGCCAUAGUCAAAA